AUGUCCACAAAGGGCUUGAGUUCCAUCGCAGAAGACUACUUUUACAGUUUGAAUCCUCUGGCAAAGCGGAUUGGAGAUGAUGUCAGAGCUACCAAAGAAGCCUACGAAGGCCUGUGGAACACUUUGAGCUUGAAGGAGAAAAAUCAAGCCAUCGACGAGACCAUCAUCCAGCCAGAAAUCGCUCUCAAGUAUACGACACUAGACGAGCACUCGGGGCCAUUUUCGUUCAUGACCCAGUCCCAGAUGAACUUGCACCUGUUGGAGCUGCCGUCAGAGAUCAAAACAAAACUCCCCAGUGAUUACGCGGAUAAAUCUCCUCAUUUUUUGAGCCCGAUAAAAAUAAACGAGAGUAGUUUUGACAGCUCGUCAAAUGACUACAGCCCGACCUCGACCCAAGUCAGUCUUUACCAGUCAGAGAGCUUCAGCGACAGCGUUUACAGCAACGUCGACUCCACUAGAAUCAAUAACUGCCCUAGUAUUGACAAUACGGGUAAUAUUUUCACAAAACUAAUGAACAAAACUUCUAUACUCAAGAUGAACCAGCCUGAUGAUGACCUAGAGAGUCUGGUACCCCAGAAGCAGAUUGUCAUCAGCAAAAUUUCUGGUAGCAAGAAUGGCAAUAGCAAUGGCAAUGCUGGGACCAAGAACCAGAUGAAUAUUAAUUUGAAUCACAGAGCUAAGUCUGAUGCUAGUGAAUCUACUGCUUUGCUCGAGACUCCCAGCUCGUACAACAGCUUCCAGUUUUUACAGAGCAAUCCCGAGGAGGAAAUUCCUAAGACUGGGUUUGAAUUUUUAGAUAAUUGGUAA